AUGUGGUUGAUUGUGGUAGAGGCUCUUGCCUGCAGCCUCGCAGUAUCCACCUCUGUCCUCCUGCCAGUUGUCGCGUUUGCUGCCCUUGCCGCCUCCUCAUGGUUACCUCCUGGCGCUUUGGCAAUUCCCGCACGCCCACACCCGCGGGCCUGUGCUUGUGCGUUGGGCAUCAGGCUAUUCGACCGGCGUGCCUUUGGUGCUUUGACCUGCUUACUGGUUUAUACCGCUGUCCUUGCGGUCAUCCCCGGCGCCGAUGCGGUCCAGCUCUCCUACCCCAAGGAGCUUGAGGAAGAUCCCCCCUCCGUUUGGCUUGGAUCCCGCCCGCAGGCAGGCAUCCGGAGCAUCGGAGCUGAUGUUAUCCGCGCCCUUCCUCGGCCAUUGAGGAGACCUGACCCAUGUCUUCCCCGUGUCGAAGGUCGUCAGCUCUGUCCGGAUAUCUUGGAAGAUGUUGAGUCCGAGUUCCUGGAUACCUUGGGCCCCACGCUCUUGGAGCAAUCCGUUUCCCACAGCCAAGGCUACCCGUUUUACCUUGCCUGCACUCUUUUGGAGGUUCUGUUUGAAUCUGCCCCUUCUCCCCUUGCCGAUGGCAACGAGCGUGGACCCUCCUCCAGCCCUCUGUGUCUGGAUCUCGUCACCUUGGUACCGGCCACUCCUUUUCAGCAGCAGGUCCAAAGCCUCCUAGAUCUCCUGCCAUGCCCGUUUGCCGGCGCACUGCCGGCGCCGCAUGAGGAACCUGACUGGUUGGACUCAGAUCUUCGGUGCAUACUGUCCGACCCCUGUGUUCCCCGUGCUUGGCGGGAGCGCUUUGCCGGUGUUCGGAAAUGGGUCCCCACAGCUCCUGAGGAUAUUGACCACCCUCUCUCCCGGCUGGAGAUCUACACUGAUGGCUCUGCAGGGAAAACGGAUGCUCAGCAGCUUUGCGGCCCCUGUGCCUGGGCAUUCUCUGUUUGGGCGAUUACUUCUGAGAAUAGUGCCCUACUUGGUUGGGCGGCACAUACUGCAGUUCCGCCUGAGACGCCAUAUUGGGUCGGAGAGAUCUAUGAUGAUGCGGUCGAAAGCGAAACUCUUGCGAUCCUCUGGGCCCUUGUGUGGGUCCUUGAACAUGGCUUCCGGUACAUGGUGCCCAUGUUACUGCAGUUUGAUGCCAGUGCUGUUGGUGAGGGUAUCUUUGGCCUUCAGCGGCCUCCACAACGUCAGGGCGCCAAAGGGCCCUCGAGACUUGUUGACCUUGCGGUUGCUCUGCGGCAACGUGCCACUGUUUGGUAUGGACUGCAGCACCGCCACAUACAUGGGCAUUCAGGUCUGUUGGGUAAUGAGUUGUGCGACCAGCUCGCUAAGUGGGCUAGGAGGACCCAUGAGGAUCCUUAUGACCGCCUUCUCCCGACAUGGCCUGCCCACCUCUUGGGCCACACUUUACAGGCUUGGGCUUGGAUGGGCCACCUAUCAAGCUCCCAACUCCCGGUACUGUCCGCGCUUGAGGCGGAGGCAGUCCGUCUGCAAUUGCAACCUACAGUUCCACCUAUUGCACCAUCGAUGGGUGUUGCGACUGUCAAGGAACCAGCGGUGUCCCUGGCCUUUUCCUUUACCGUGGUCUCCUAUAAUGUGCUGACACUGUUUGAUCCCGGCACGACUCAUGGCCGUAAGGCUAGGGCUGGUACCCAGGGCAUGCAGAUUACAGGCAAGAGACUUCUUCUGAAAAGGCAGAUGCAGGAAUGCGGUAUAUGGGCGCUUGGGCUGCAGGAGACUCGGCUUCCUGAGGACGCAGUGUUGCCCGAUGCAGAUCUGCUGAUGCUUAACGCUGCUGCCGACGAGCACGGACAAUACGGCUGUUCCCUUUGGCUUAACUUGCACCAGCACAUUGCAGAUGCGGAUGGGCACCGACGCUUCAUCCAUCGGGACCAGGUCGUUGUGACCAGUUAUUCACCCCGACAUCUUCAGGUGCAAAUCUGUACUCCUUGGUGCAACUUUACCAUUCUGGUUGCCCAUUGCCCACGUGUUGUCGGCACAGAUGGCAAGGCUGCCAUGGCCUUUUGGGCUGCGCGUGCUGCUGACCUUGGACGCCGACCUAGCGGCUCUGAAGUGAUUUUGCUUGUGGACGCCAAUAGUCGUGUCGGCAGUGUUCAGACUGCUGCCAUCGGUGACCACGAUGCCGAGGCUGAGGGAGUUGCCGGCGAACUAUUCCACGAAUUCCUUCUAUCCAUAGGAUGUUGCUUACCAGCCACGUUUGCUGAGCAUCAUUCUGGCCCUUCUUGGACUUGGAUUUCACCUGCUGGCGAGCACACCCAGUGCAGGUUGGAUUUUGUUGCCGUGCCUCAAGCCUGGCGAUCUUUCGCCCUGCAAAGUUGGGUUUGGGAUCAAUUGGAAUCUCUUCAGCCACGUUUAGAUCAUCGGCCCGCCUGCCUCGCUGUGAGUUUUGGUAAACGGGCUGCUCCGGUCUCUUACCAGAAAGCAGGCCGUCGUGCCUGUCGUCCUGUCAGCCAGCCGACUGCAGAGCAAAGGGCGAGGUUUAUGGACCGCCUCGCGCAGGAGGCUAGUAUUCCUUGGACAACGGGCCCGGAUCAGCAUUUUGCAGCUUUAGUUCCCAGCCUGACGGCCUCCUGUGCGCAACUGCAGCCAGAAGUGGAGGUUCGUGCCACUCAGGCACAUGUUAGCCCGGAGACUCUUCAGCUUGUACGGGUUCGUGCCCAACUGCGCAGCUACCUCCGCGCCGAGAAUGCGGAGGCACGGCGCCGCCGUCUCUUGAUAGGGUUUGCUGCUUUCGUCUCCGCCACCAGGGGACAUCCCUUGACUCGCCAUGCCUCUCAGGCUGCGCGUGGCUGGCUCCUGCAGAUCCAUCAUAGUGUCGCAGCCGCUGUCGCCAACCUACAGGUACUGACAGUUGAGAUUCGCCGUGCCCUCAAGCUCGACCGCACGGCCUAUCUACAUGCCCUGGUGCAGGAUGUUAGAUUGCAGGAUCUUAGAGACCCAAGGCGCCUUUAUGCUGCCGUUCGGCGUGCCUUUCCACAGGCUCGUACGGCGCGCCGGUCCUCUUUCAUCCCACUUCCCGCUGUCUUAGAUGCGGAAGGGAAGUUUGCGCAGACGCCACAAGACCGGCAUGAGCGAUGGAGGCGUCACUUUGCUGCACAGGAAGCCGGUCAGGUCGUGACUGCCCAGGAGUAUGAGGAAAGGUUUGCCACUCCUGACAUCCCGGUCCUUCCAGGACAUCCCGUUUUCGACAGUUGCAGUCUGCCGACAUUAGGGGACAUCGAGCAGCAAAUUGUUGCAUUACGCCCACAGAAGGCUGCCGGGGCGGAUGGUCUUACGGCCGAAGUCUACCGCCUCUCUCCUACGGCUGUAGCAACCUGCAUGCUUCCGCUGUUCCUGAAAUCAAGCCUGCAGGUUCGAGAGCCAGUUGAGUGGCGAGGCGGCUGUCUCGUCGCAUUGGCCAAGAAAGCUGCCGCGGCGCUCUGCUGUGAUAACUUCCGAUCCAUCCUGAUGGCCAGUACGAUGGGUAAGUUAUAUCACCGAGUGGUUCGCUCCAAGCUUCUUCCCCACCUGGAUGCCUUUAAAAGCGACCUGCAAGCCGGCACGUCACAGGGUGUCGGAGUGGAUACAGUCGCACUCAUGGUCCGCUCCUUUUUGGGAAUGAGAAUGCAGCGCUGCAGCGCGGCUGCAGUCACAUUCUAUGACAUCAAGUCGGCGUAUUACCGACUGUUGCGCCACACUUUAGUCCCCACCCUUGCCGAUGACCGGCCCUUGCUCCGCUUGAUACAUCAGCUCGGCCUUCCGGAGGCCGCCGUGACCGAGCUGCAUCAACAUCUGGCCAAUAUGGCAGUGCUUCAGGAUGCUCAGGUAAGUGAACAUACGAUUGCGAUCGUCACUGACCUAUUUCGUGGGACGUGGUUUAGACUAGACAAAUCCGCGAUCCUGACGAUGACUUCCCGGGGAAGCAGACCUGGUGACCCAUUGGCUGAUAUACUGUUUGGUUUCAGCAUGGCCGCAUACCUGGGCACAGUCGAUCGUGCUCUCGUUGAGAGAAACCUUCAUCAUGUUGUCCCGGAGUGCACUCCUGUGGCCUCAUGGUUUGAUCCCCCGGACACGAUGCGGGCCAAUCAUGUAUCCUGGGCGGACGAUUACGCCAAUCUACAGUGCGCUGAGUCGGAGGCAGAACUGCAUGAAGUCAUCCCAGCUGCAGCUACACUGCACCUGGAGUUGGCCACCGCGGUAGGGGUAGAGCUCACCUUUGCGGUUGAUAAGUCUGCCGUCCUACUCCCCAGUCUCUGUCGGCACCCUGUUGGUGUAGUGUCCCAGCUCAACCCCAAGGGUCUUCCGGGGUAUGAGCUACGGGAUUCACUUUCUGGCCGAGCCCACUUUCUUCCUGCAGUUGAUGUGUACCGCCAUCUUGGAGGCAUCGUCACUUCCAAUUGUUCUGCGGCGACAGAGGUUGCAUACCGACAUUCGCAAGCUCUUUCCACCUUGCGGCCACUGCGGAAGAAGCUCUUCGGGUCUGCUAGUGUCCCUCUCACUAUCCGAGUGCAUCUGCUGCGUUCAUUGGUCCUUUCCAGGUUCGUCUUUGCCAAUGCUGUCACUGACCUGACCUGCGCGGUGCACCGCCGCACAUGGUGUCGUCACUAUGUCGCGUUGUGGCGGUCUCUUUACCGGCGGAAGGAUGCAGAGGAACACGUGCAUAGCUACCGAGUGCUUUUACACGCCGGUGCUACUUCACCGCUACUUGCCUUGGCGGUUGCUCGAGCUGUGUUUCUCCGGCGACUGCUCGCCACUGGGCCUGUGCAGCUGCUUCAGAUGCUGCAUUCCCACUGGUGCCUGCGCCCGGCCAAUGCCUGGCUGACCAUGCUUGAAGGGGAUAUUCGUGCGGUCGCUGCCUAUAGUGAGGCUGCCAGAUUGAUCCUUGCUAUGCCAUGCCCGGUUCUCGCCUUGCUUGAGAAAGCCCGUUCGGAUGAGCAAUGGUGGCCAGCCCAGGUUAAACACGCUGUGAAGGGCUUUGGCGAAGAUCUACAGCGUUGGAGUUUGACACCGGACAAGCCUGUCGCACCGCCUACCGCUGUGGAUUUGCCGUUCAAGUGUCGAUGGUGCCCUGCCUCUUUUCGGCUACACAAGCAUGUUGCUGUGCAUGAGGCGCGAGCGCAUCAGUCCUUUGCUCCUUCGCGUCAUUUUGCCCACACCCCUUACUGCUUAGCGUGCCACAAGUGGCUCCACUCCGUGGUGCGGGUGCAGUACCAUCUUAAGCAACACUCCCGUUGUCUUGAGCGCUGUGCUGCUGUUAUCGCGCCAAUGGACCAUGAGCAGAUCAGGGAGGCUGAGGCCGACGAUCGAGCUCGCGACCGGGCGCGAAAAUGUGGCCACUGGCACAAGCACAUCUCUGUCCAGCCACCUUUGUCCUUCUUCGGACCCCGUCUUCCCUCCUACGCGGAGGCCACGGAUGGCCUUGACGAAUCCGAGCUCACUCUUCGUCGCAUUCAAACUCUGUAUCGCCCCUCGAAUGAGGUGCAGGAGUGGGUGUCGGUUCUCUGCACCGGGGCCGUUUACUGGGUGCACUCCACAAAGAAGAAGCCUGAUGAGGCGAGCCAGCUGCGCCAGAUGCUUUGGGGCAUCCAGUUCCAGCCUUUUCGCCAGCAGCAGCAGCUCAUCAUCGGGGCCGUUGGCUGCUUAGGGCUCCUACUGCUGGUUGCUGCUGCCGUGAGGCUGGGGCCCUUGGCAGCAGCCCUGGCUUUCGCGGUGGCCUCCCUGGGGCUCCGGCCGCUCUGGCCCCUUGUUUUGGGGAAGCUCCGGCGACUGCGCGCCCGGACGCUCCUCUCCUCCAACGAGAGUUCGCCCGUUCCGGAUCUGGAGCCCUGCGAAGCGAAACUGCCCGUCUGGAUCGUGACAGGCUUUCUGGGCAGUGGGAAGACCACCCUGGUGAACCACAUCCUUCGGCAAGGCCAUCGGCUCCUAGUCAUCCAGAAUGAGACGGGAGACACAAGCCUAGAUGCCGAGCUGGUUAUCGAGGCCGCCGGAGAGGAGAACGUCAUGUUGAUCAAUGGAUGUGCUUGUUGUCAAAUUCGGCGUGACCUUCGAGAUCUUCUCUGCCGAGUGAGGGACAAGGGCAUGGGUGACGUGGAAGGCAUCGUCAUCGAGUGCUGCGGCCUGGCGGAUCCUCGUGCUGUGGUCCAAACCUUCCUCCUCGACGAGGAGAUGAAGAGGAGUCUACAGAUCCAAGAGGUCAUUGCAGUCAUCGAUGCUGCGCACGUCGCCCGGCAUUUGCUGGCCAGCGCCUCCACCCCGGCCGCACGGCUGGUGGAGGUGCAGAUCGCCUUUGCCAGCGUACUCCUACUGAACAAGAUUGAUCAGUGCGAAGAUUUCGAUGCCCUUCGUCCGGCCAUAAGGGCGAUCAACUCUGUGCAGAUCUUUCCGUGCACCUACUGCGAGGUGGACUUCACUGCGUUGUUGAGCGCCGGAGCCGGAAAAGGCCCGUGCGCAAAGCCAUGGCGUCAUGAUGGAGGGUGGUCACCUUUCCGGGCUCUUACUGAGGACAUCCAACUGCGGAGCAUCUGUGUACCUCACGACGAGGAGAGGCUGCCUUCUCCAGAGGGACCGCUGCCAGAUCGUCCGCAGAUUCGCUGCAUCUCCGUGCGCGUCUGGGGCAGCCUGGAGCUUGAUGCCUUCAACCGCUGGGUGCUGCGGACGCUGCAAGACAUGGAUGUGAUGCGAGCCAAAGGGGUUCUGGCCAUCUCGGGCUAUGAUGCCAAGUUUGCGUUUCAAGCAGUCCAUGUGGCUUUCGACGGUACCGUCGCCCUUGCAUCAAAGUGGGGAAAGGACGAGAGACGUUUCUCAGAGGUGGUGAUCAUCGGCUUCGAAGUACGGGCUGAUUUAAUCGAGCACGGACUCAAGCGCUGUAGAGCUUAG